GGGGCGGCCGGGCUCGGGACACCCCCUCCCAGUCCCCUGGCUGGGCGGCUUCGGCUCCCGCAGCACUGGAGGCUGCAGCGGCCGGGAGGGCGACUUGCAGGGCGUGCGGGCUGCGGAGGACCCGGGAAGCUGUCCAACCCGGGGGCACCCUUCGCAGAUUCCCUCCGCCGCGACGUCCCGCGGGAGCCGGAGGGACCCCGGGGCCGGUAGGGAGCGCCGGCGGCGGCUGCAGCAACAUGAGGAGGCGGUGGGGCGCGCUGCUGCUUGGCGCCCUGCUCUGCGCACACGGCCUAGCCAGCAGCCCAGAGUGUGCUUGUGGUCGGAGCCACUUCACAUGUGCAGUGAGUGCCCUCGGCGAGUGUACCUGCAUUCCCGCCCAGUGGCAAUGUGAUGGAGACAACGACUGUGGGGACCACAGCGAUGAGGAUGGAUGUAUGCUGCCCACAUGUUCCCCUCUGGACUUCCACUGUGACAAUGGCAAAUGUAUCCGCCGCUCCUGGGUAUGUGAUGGAGACAACGACUGUGAAGAUGACUCUGAUGAGCAGGACUGUCCCCCCCGGGAGUGUGAGGAGGAUGAGUUCCCCUGCCAGAAUGGCUAUUGCAUCCGGAGCCUGUGGCACUGCGAUGGCGACAAUGACUGUGGUGACAACAGUGACGAGCAGUGUGAUAUGCGGAAGUGCUCGGACAAGGAAUUCCGCUGCAACGAUGGGAGCUGCAUUGCUGAGCAUUGGUACUGCGAUGGUGACACAGACUGCAAAGAUGGCUCUGAUGAAGAGAGCUGCCCCUCAGCAGUACCCUCUCCUCCUUGUAACCUGGAGGAGUUCCAGUGUGCCUAUGGCCGCUGCAUCCUUGACAUCUACCACUGUGAUGGCGACGAUGACUGUGGAGACUGGUCUGACGAGUCUGACUGCUCCUCCCACCAGCCCUGCCGCUCUGGGGAGUUCAUGUGCGACAGUGGCCUGUGUAUAAACGCAGGCUGGCGCUGCGAUGGCGAUGCAGACUGUGAUGACCAGUCUGAUGAACGCAACUGCACUACCUCCAUGUGCACAGCCGAACAGUUCCGCUGUCGGUCAGGCCGCUGUGUACGCCUGUCCUGGCGCUGCGAUGGUGAGGAUGACUGUGCAGACAACAGCGAUGAAGAAAACUGUGAGAACACAGGAAGCCCCCACUGUGCCUCUGACCAGUUCUUAUGUUGGAAUGGGCGUUGCAUUGGGCAGAGGAAGCUGUGCAAUGGGGUCAAUGACUGUGGCGACAACAGUGACGAAAACCCACAGCAGAACUGCCGGCCCCGGACGGGUGAGGAGAACUGCAAUGUUAACAACGGUGGCUGUGCCCAAAAGUGCCAGAUGGUGCGAGGGGCAGUGCAGUGUACCUGCCACACAGGCUACCGACUCACAGAGGAUGGCCGCACAUGCCAGGAUGUGAAUGAAUGUGCUGAGGAGGGGUACUGCAGCCAGGGCUGCACAAACAGCGAAGGGGCUUUUCAGUGCUGGUGUGAAGCAGGCUAUGAGCUACGGCCCGAUCGACGCAGCUGCAAGGCUCUGGGGCCAGAACCUGUGCUACUGUUUGCCAAUCGUAUCGACAUCCGGCAGGUGCUCCCGCACCGCUCUGAGUACACACUGCUGCUCAACAACCUGGAGAAUGCCAUUGCCCUUGACUUCCAUCACCGCCGUGAACUGGUCUUCUGGUCUGACGUCACCCUGGACCGCAUCCUCCGUGCUAACCUUAAUGGCAGCAAUGUGGAGGAGGUUGUGUCUACUGGGCUUGAGAGCCCAGGGGGCCUGGCUGUGGAUUGGGUGCAUGACAAGCUCUACUGGACUGAUUCAGGGACGUCAAGGAUUGAGGUGGCCAAUCUGGAUGGGGCCCACCGGAAGGUGCUGUUAUGGCAGAAUCUUGAGAAGCCCAGGGCCAUUGCCCUGCAUCCCAUGGAGGGAACCAUUUAUUGGACAGAUUGGGGCAAUACCCCCCGCAUUGAGGCCUCCAGCAUGGAUGGCUCUGGACGUCGUAUCAUUGCUGACACCCAUCUCUUCUGGCCCAAUGGCCUCACCAUUGACUAUGCGGGGCGCCGUAUGUACUGGGUGGAUGCUAAGCACCAUGUCAUAGAGAGGGCCAACCUGGAUGGGAGUCACCGCAAGGCUGUCAUUAGCCAGGGUCUUCCACAUCCCUUUGCCAUCACGGUGUUUGAAGACAGCUUGUAUUGGACAGAUUGGCACACCAAGAGCAUUAAUAGUGCCAAUAAGUUUACUGGGAAAAACCAGGAGAUCAUUCGCAACAAACUUCACUUCCCCAUGGAUAUUCAUACCUUGCACCCCCAGAGGCAGCCUGCAGGAAGAAACCGCUGUGGAGACAACAAUGGAGGCUGCACCCACCUGUGUCUCCCCAGUGGCCAGAACUACACCUGUGCCUGCCCCACUGGCUUCCGAAAGAUCAGCAGCCACGCCUGUGCCCAGAGUCUUGACAAGUUCCUGCUUUUUGCCCGAAGGAUGGACAUCCGUCGGAUCAGCUUUGACACAGAGGACCUGUCCGACGAUGUCAUCCCACUGGCUGACGUACGCAGUGCUGUUGCUCUUGACUGGGACUCCCGAGAUGACCACGUAUACUGGACAGAUGUCAGCACUGAUACCAUCAGCAGGGCCAAGUGGGAUGGAACAGGACAGGAGGUGGUAGUAGAUACCAGUUUGGAAAGCCCUGCUGGCCUGGCGAUUGAUUGGGUCACCAACAAACUCUACUGGACAGAUGCAGGUACAGACCGCAUUGAAGUGGCCAACACAGAUGGCAGCAUGAGGACAGUACUUAUCUGGGAGAACCUUGAUCGUCCUCGAGACAUCGUGGUGGAGCCUAUGGGUGGGUACAUGUAUUGGACUGACUGGGGUGCAAGUCCCAAGAUUGAGCGAGCCGGCAUGGAUGCCUCCAGCCGCCAAAUCAUCAUCUCUUCUAAUCUAACAUGGCCUAAUGGAUUAGCUAUUGACUAUGGGUCCCAGCGGCUAUACUGGGCUGAUGCAGGCAUGAAGACUAUUGAGUUUGCUGGGCUGGAUGGCAGCAAGAGGAAGGUGCUGAUUGGAAGCCAGCUCCCCCACCCUUUUGGGCUGACCCUAUAUGGAGACCGUAUCUAUUGGACUGACUGGCAAACCAAGAGUAUACAGAGUGCUGACCGGCAGACUGGGCUGGACCGGGAGACCCUUCAGGAGAACCUGGAGAAUCUCAUGGACAUCCAUGUCUUCCACCGCCAGAGGCCCCCAGUGACCACACCAUGUGCUGUGGAGAAUGGUGGCUGCAGUCACUUGUGUCUUCGAUCUCCAAAUACAAGCGGUUUCAGCUGUACCUGCCCCACAGGUAUCAACCUGCUGUCAGAUGGCAAGACCUGUUCAGCAGGCAUGAACAGUUUCCUCAUCUUCGCCAGGAGGAUUGAUGUACGCAUGGUUUCCCUUGACAUCCCUUAUUUUGCUGAUGUGGUGGUCCCAAUCAACAUGACCAUGAAGAACACCAUUGCCAUUGGAGUGGAUCCCCUGGAAGGAAAAGUAUACUGGUCUGACAGCACGCUGCACAGGAUCAGCCGCGCCAACCUGGAUGGCUCACAGCAUGAGGACAUCAUCACCACAGGGCUGCAGACCACAGAUGGACUCGCAGUAGAUGCCAUUGGCCGGAAAGUGUACUGGACAGACACAGGAACGAACCGGAUUGAAGUGGGAAACCUAGAUGGAUCGAUGCGGAAAGUUUUGGUGUGGCAGAACCUUGACAGUCCCCGGGCCAUCGUACUGUAUCAUGAGAUGGGGUUCAUGUACUGGACAGACUGGGGGGAGAAUGCCAAGUUAGAGCGGUCUGGAAUGGAUGGUUCAGACCGCACUGUGCUCAUCAGCAACAACCUUGGGUGGCCCAAUGGACUGACUGUGGACAAGGCCAGCUCCCAGUUGCUGUGGGCUGAUGCCCAUACUGAGAGAAUUGAGGCUGCGGACCUGAAUGGUGCCAAUCGACAUACAUUGGUGUCACCAGUGCAGCACCCAUACGGCCUCACCCUGCUUGACUCCUAUAUCUAUUGGACUGACUGGCAGACCCGUAGCAUCCACAGGGCCGACAAGAGUACCGGCAGCAAUGUCAUCCUGGUGAGGUCCAACCUGCCAGGCCUCAUGGACAUCCAAGCUAUAGAUCGGGCACAGCCAUUGGGUUUUAACAAGUGUGGCUUGAAAAAUGGUGGUUGUUCCCACCUCUGUUUGCCUCGGCCCUCUGGCUUCUCCUGUGCCUGCCCCACUGGCAUCCAGCUAAAGGGGGAUGGGAAGACCUGUGACUCCUCCCCAGAGACCUACCUGCUCUUCUCUAGCCGAGGCUCUAUUCGGCGUAUCUCACUGGACACCAACGACCACACAGAUGUGCAUGUUCCUGUCCCUGAGCUCAAUAAUGUCAUCUCCCUGGACUAUGACAGUGUGGAUGGAAAGGUUUACUACACAGAUGUGUUCCUGGAUGUUAUCAGGAGAGCAGAUCUGAAUGGCACCAACAUGGAAACGGUUAUUGGGCAUGGGCUGAAGACCACUGAUGGGCUGGCAGUGGACUGGGUGGCCAGAAAUCUGUACUGGACAGAUACAGGCCGAAAUACCAUUGAGGCAUCACGGCUCGAUGGUUCCUGCCGUAAAGUGCUGAUCAACAAUAGUCUGGAUGAACCCCGGGCCAUUGCUGUUUUCCCCAGAAAGGGGUACCUCUUCUGGACAGACUGGGGACACAUUGCCAAGAUUGAACGGGCAAACCUGGAUGGUUCUGAGCGGAAGGUCCUCAUCAACACAGACCUAGGCUGGCCCAAUGGCCUUACCUUAGACUAUGACACCCGCAGGAUCUACUGGGUAGAUGCACAUUUAGACCGGAUCGAGAGUGCUGACCUCAAUGGGAAGCUGCGUCAGGUCUUAGUCAGCUAUGUGUCCCACCCCUUUGCCCUCACACAGCAAGACAGGUGGAUCUACUGGACAGACUGGCAGACCAAGUCCAUCCAGCGUGUUGACAAGUACUCAGGCCGCAACAAGGAGACAGUGUUGGCCAAUGUGGAAGGACUCAUGGAUAUCAUCGUGGUUUCUCCCCAGCGACAGACAGGGACCAACGCCUGCGGUGUGAACAAUGGUGGCUGCACCCAUCUCUGCUUUGCCAGAGCCUUAGAUUUUGUGUGUGCCUGUCCUGAUGAACCUGAUAGCCAGCCCUGCUCCCUUGUACCUGGCCUAGUGCCCCCAGCUCCUAGAGCCACCAGCAUGAGUGAAAGGAGCCCAGUGCUACCCAACACACUGCCCACCACCUUGCGUUCUUCCACCAUCAGAACCCACACAUCUCUGGAAGGGAUAGAAGGAAGAUGCUCUGAAAGGGAUGCUGAGCUGGGCCUCUGUGCACAUUCCAAUGAAGCUAUACCAGCUGCUCCAGGUGAAGGACUUCACAUCAGCUACGCCAUCGGUGGACUCCUCAGUAUUCUGCUGAUUCUGGUGGUGAUCGCAGCUUUGAUGCUGUACAGACACAGAAAAUCCAAACUCACGGAUCCUGGAAUGGGAAACCUGACCUACAGCAACCCCUCCUACCGAACUUCAACUCAGGAAGUGAAGCUUGAAGCAGUUCCCAAACCAGCCAUGUAUAAUCAACUGUGCUAUAAGAAAGAGGGUGGACAGGACCACAGCUACACCAAGGAGAAGAUCAAGAUUGUAGAGGGAAUCUGCCUCCUCUCCGGGGAUGAUGCUGAAUGGGAUGACCUCAAGCAACUGCGCAGCUCCCGGGGGGGCCUUCUACGGGAUCAUGUAUGCAUGAAGACAGACACAGUGUCCAUCCAGGCCAGCUCUGGCUCCCUAGAUGACACGGAGACAGAGCAGCUGCUUCAGGAAGAGCAGUCAGAGUGUAGCAGUGUCCACACUGCAGCCACUCCAGAAAGACGGGGCUCUCUGCCUGACACAGGCUGGAAACAUGAACGCAAGCUCUCCUCAGAGAGCCAGGUCUAAAUGCCCAUGUCCUCUUCCCUACCUGCCUGUUCCUUUUCCUCUGUGGACUUCUGGUCCUUGUGCUCACUUAACAGCAGGGCCCCUUCCUAUGUGCUCAUCUUCUUCCUCCUACCCCAAAACUCCCAAAUCCUCCUAUAGGAUCUGUUACCCUCCUGAGUCUGUAACUACCUGGCUUAAGAAAUGAGGGCACAUCUCAAGAAUUGACCUGGAUUUUACCAUAAACCUCACUUCUUACAUUCUGUCCUGAGCCCCUUGAAGCUGGGCCUAGCAUAAUUCCUUGUCAGCCUAGAACUCCAGCUCCCUUUCCCCUGGUACCCUCAGUGCCUGCCCCAGAGCACUAAAGCAGCCAAUGAUACAAGACUUCGCUUUCCCCCAUCACAGCUAAUAUGAUGGCUCCUCUGAGAACUUGCCUGCCAGGGGCUGGGGCAGGGGGAAGGGUAAUGGGUAGAGGUUGAGAGAAGAAGGAACAGUCAGCCCAGCUGGUCUGGGUAUCUAGAAAACCUCCAGCCUCAUGUGUUGGUAAUAUGAAAAACCUUUUGGGGGUACUUGAGUCUUGGUGUCUUGUCCAUUGCUGGCAGUGGACAUUCCUCACACCUGGAGUCAUUGCUUGGUCAGCUGCAAUGCAGGUAAAAUGCAGGUGUGGCUUAAGCUGUUUUUCCUCCUGCUAGAAUGUCUGGGGGUCAUUUCUACCUUGGAUGACUGGAAGCCCCAUCAUGGCAACUCACUAUUAGGAAUUCCCUCCUGGUGCCCCAGCUGGCCAGUACUCCUCUUGUCUUUAACUAUGUUGUAAGCUUGAGUGAACACCAGGCCUUGGAAACUAAGCCUCUAAGAUGUUUAAAAAUCUGACCUAGACCAAGCAUAGUAUCCUACCUGAACUUCAGUAUUCUGUACUCUCUCUGGGAUUCUAAAAGAAAUAAUCCUGUAAUGGUCUUUCAGAGAAUGGCUAGAAGUUUUCAUAAAUGGUCAGAAGAAUAGAGAAACAUCAGACACUCGGGGGCUCAAGAGAAGUAUCAUGAGGUGGAACCUCUUGAGCUCAUUCUUAAGUGCUCAGGGACUGGAGUUCAUGGACAGCCUGUGGUUCUGGGGUGAUGAAGCUUGUAUGCCACCUCUUCUCAGCUUCUCCACACUGAGAUGCUACCACCUGCUUCAUGCUCAUUUAUACUAAGGGCUUUCCUCAGGGGCAUUGAGACUUUGCUGCCCUAAAGUUUCUCCCUAGCUCUUCACCUUUGAGAGAAGGAAAUCUUGGUUUCCUUCUCUUAACCUAACCUUUGUGUCACCAUUAGUCCUUGUGCUCAGAAGCCUAGAUGCUUCUCUCCAAGAAUUAUGGGCAAUGGGAGAGAAUGACGGGCUAUAAAUGAAAGGAAGGGUUUUUAGGGGGAAGUUACCUGAUUUGAAAUAUCUCAUGGUUAUUGGUAUUCAGAGAUUAGUAGCCAAAUGUAUGGUGAAAAAGGACAAAAUCCAAACUUCUGUGGUCACUCAUAUGAGUAGGAGACAGAUGUUAAAUCCUUAGUCUUGUUCUCACUAGUUAAGCAUAGAUCUGGGACUACAUACACAGCCAGGCUAGGCCAACGAAGGGUUUUUUCCAAUGCACUGAGUGGAAAAGGUAUAGUGCCACUUCCAAAAGGAAAUGGGGCAUUUCACAAUGAAUGAGGCAGUGUUUAGGUUUUUAAAUUCAUAGUUGGGGAGGAGGAAAAACACAGAAGAGUGGCAUUUUCUGGACUGGAAAGGGGCAAGGUUAUUGCACUUGGGCUCUUCAGAAUGCAGAAAGAACAUAAUUUGGGAAAUAUCUAUUUGAGCACUGAUUUACUCUGUAAAAAAAAAAAAAGCAAAAUCUCUCUGUCCUAAACUAAUAGAAGUGAUUUUUUCCCACGCUCAUGUGUAAUGGUUUUAACGUUACUCACUGGAGAUAUUGGACUUUCUGGAAUUAUUUAACCACGAUGUUCAGCAUUUUAGGACUUUAUGAUAAUUUAAUAUAAAUUUAGCUUUUCUUAAUUA